CCCGGCCCUGCCCGGCCGGCGCCGUCCCCGCCGUUCCUCCCGAGUGCUCCGAGGCGCUGCGGAGCCGCCGAAAGGUCUCUGUCCCCGUGUACUGUCCCGGCCUGCUGGGCAGCGCUCCCAGGGUCAGCGGGAAGUGAUCCCGGAACCCAGCGGCUUCUCCCCGGCGCCGGGAGAGCGAGCGCCCGCGGGUGUGCAGUGAAGGCGGCUUUCCCUUAUGAUGAGUGAUCUCGUGCAGUUUCUCCAGAACUGUUUCCACUGGUAGAGUCAUUGGAUCCCUUACUUUGAGUUGGCAUUUCAAAUCUAUUCAUGAGGCAUUAGUAGAAAUGAAUAAUAAAAUAAGUUACUUGUUAAAUACUGUUAGAUGUGUGCAUAGGUACAGUUCUGUGCUCAUUCCCAAAUCUUCAGCCACAGCAAGAAAACACAUUUUGUGGAUUGGGAGAUACAGAGAUCCCUUAGGAAACGUGAACUUCAGGAAACUACUUUUAAAUAUUUUGCCUUCUCUGCAUGGGUCGUCUCUUCGAUUUCUAUCUCAAAAGACAGAUGUUUAUAGCACAGGUGCAGAGGCUUUGGUGACUGAGAAGGCUUCCCAGAGCUCCUUGGAAGUUGAAAAGUUGGAUGAUUCUGGGAGCUUCAAACCGAAGCAUGUAGUGAAUCAUAGUGACCCAUUCUUUACCAGUCUCCGGAAAUGCACCUGUCCUUCUGAUGCACUGGACUUGGCUUCAGAGGCAGCUGUUUCCAUUAAGCACUACACAAACUGUUUAACCAUGGCCUGGAGGCUCUUCAAGAACCUGUCAGAAGAGCAGCAGCGCUACGAGAAGCAGUUGAUCUUUGAGCACCCGGCUUUCAGGAAGCUGUGCCAGCAGCUGCUGCGCGAUGCGCGCAGGAUGACGCGUGGGGACCUGGUGUUCAGCCUGCAUGCCCUGGUGAACAUCGGCGUGCCACAGAACACGCUCCUAGUCCAGACCUUGGUGAGGGUGUGCCAAGAGAAGCUCAAUCAACUGGAUAACCGAUGUAUCUCAGUUUUGGCAACUACGUUAGCAGGGAUGGAUAAAGACAAGAAUGUGAGCGCUCUUCAAGCUGGAUUACAGUUACUAGUGGAGCAACGCAUUUCAAGUAUCAGAGACAUCUUUAUUCUGCAAAACCUGAUGAAAUGCCUGGGGAAGGAUGCUCCAGUUUUUCUGAAAAAGAAAUUAGAGAUGGCAGUUGUGAGAGAAAUAGAUGGUUUGACUUUUCCGAAUGCUCUGCGUAUGUUUUUCGCUCUUGCUGCAAUGAGUUAUUGUUCCCUUCCAAUCCUGAAUCCCUGCAGUAAAAAGAUCCAGGAAAAUGUCCAUGAUGUUCCAUUUCGGCAGUUAAUUCUCAUUCUGGAAGCUUGUCACACUCUCAAGUACCGUAAUGUAAAACUGUUUUCAGCAUUAGCAGACUAUGUUCAUUCUACUGCCUACCUAUGGGACAAAAGACAGAUAAUCCUUUUUCUCUCUGCCUGUGAGACACUUGGCUUUCAGCCUACUGAAUUGCUGGAUAUUUUUGCUGAGAAGGUGACAGAAGACCCUGAUUUCCUUAACUUGAAAAACCUUUUGAUUGUUCUUCGAGUGUAUUCUCGACUCAACCAUGUUCCCAGAGUCCAAAAGCACCUGUUUUUUGAGACUCUUCAUAGUUGCUUGAAUAAGUACCUGCCUCAGAUUUCCAGCACAGAACUGCUGAAGGCAGUGUAUUCACUUGGCAUCUUAGGAUAUCUUCCCUGCCGUGCACUUGAUGAGUUGCUGCAAAAGGACAGCAAGGAUGAACUUACAGCAUCAGAUGAUCUUAAAGAACAAAACACAGUGAUGCUUCGCUGUGUGAAAACGUGUAUGGAGCUUGACAGCCCUUCUUUCACAAAGCCUGCAUUUGUGCUGACUGAGAAUUUGUCCUCAUUAGUAUCUCUUAAUCUCAGAAAAGCUCAGGAGGCACUGAUAGAACUUCUGGGAGAUGAGAACAUGUUUCGGCAAAAUGUUCAGCUGCCAUACAGAUAUCAUAUUGAUUUUGAAAUCAGAAUGGAUUCAGACAGAAAGAAAGUGCUCCCCAUAGCUCCCACAGAUGAUCAUCCUGACUCUCAUGUUCAGAGGUUGGCUUUUCUGUUUGCUCCUAUGUCUGCCUUCUGUCUGGGUACAACACACCCCCAGGGGAACUUGGCAAUGAAGAAGCGGCAUUUAAAUAAACUGGGCUAUCGUGUGAUUCUGAUCCAGAACAAGAAGUUUCAGGAAAUGAAAAAUGAAGAUGCAAUUGAGUUUUUGAAAAGAAAAAUUUAUUCAGAAGAUGCUUUCUCUUUUCCUGAAGCAACUGUGCAGGAUAAUAAUUAA